AUGUCGGAAACGACCUUUCGCUCCUUCACCAACGAGCAGGGCGCAAACUAUGCCCAGAACAGAAAAUCCUAUAGUUACAAGCUGUUCGAGCUCCUCAUAAAGCACCAUAUUUCGACAGGCGGCCAACUCGACACUGUCCUCGAUGUCGGCUGCGGGCCCGGCAUCGCCACUCACGAUGUCGCAUCGCACUUUGAGCACGUCAUCGGCCUCGACCCCUCAGAGGGCAUGAUUGCCACCGCACGAUCUCUAGGCGGCUCCUCCAAAUCCUCCGAGCCCAUCCGCUUUGAGCUCUCUACUGCGGAAGAACUGGGAUCGAACCUCGACCAGCCUAUUGCCGCCGGCAGUGUCGACCUUAUCACUGCCGCCACUGCCGCUCACUGGUUCGACAUGUCCAAGUUCUGGUCGCGGGCGGCACAGGUUCUCCGGCCUGGUGGUACUGUGGCGAUCUGGACCAGCAGGUUCAAUUUCGUGCAUCCUUCCAUGCCGAAUCGUGACGCCGUGCAGGCGCUCGCCGAUGAAUUCCACGACAAGUAUAUACGGCCUUAUGCCCAGCCCGGCAGCAUGCUUUCUCAGAAUCUCUACGUGGAUCUUCCACUCCCCUGGACGCUUGACGAGCCGGUUGCCGGUUUUGACCAGGAGACCUUCUACCGCAGGGAGUGGACGGGAGAAUAUGAUAGCGACCGGUUCUUCGCUGAUCAGGCUGCGGUCGAUCUGGAUACCAUGGAGAAGAUGUACUCGACCGCCAGUUCUGUCGUGCGGUGGAGAGAAGCGCAUUCUGAUGCCGCCGGGACGGAGCGGGAUGUCUUGAGGAUAUUCAGGAGGAGUCUCGAAAAGCUGCUGCAUGAGGCGGGGGUGGAACACGGCAAGGAAUGGGUCAGGGGUAGCGUGGGGGGUGUUUUAUUAAUGGUGAAGAAGAAAGCUUGA